AGACGUGACGUAGGCGACACAAUGUUGUUUCUCAGAUAAAGUUUUAGAAAUAAAGACGAGUGAUUUUCAUCGAAUUGUGACAUCUGUGACCUGAAUCGAACUAAUUACCUUCAAAUUACAGCGAAUUCCAUUCUUAACAUUUGAACGGGAAAUGGUAACACGAAUGUUAUUGGCUGGCACAUCCGUACGCACAGCUACAUUACAUAGGGAGGCAGCGUAGCUCAGUCGGUUAGAGCGCCUGUUCCAGAUAAGAUCGUAGAUCUCAACGUGCGUGGGUUCGAGUCCCGCAGCAUGCCGGAAGACGACUAACAAAAAAUCUGAUGCUAGCGUUGUGUGUUAGCGUGCCUCACCGCUGUGUUCAGUGCGGGUGUGAAUGCAGUUGGAAAACACUCCGUCCACCGGAAAGGACGCAAAUGUUGGUCCCGUGUAUAGGAGAGUCACAACGUAUGCAUGAUAAAACCAAUACACUAUUAGUCAAAAGAGUAGGAUGUUCACCCGGUGUAUUGCACCUGCCGGUCCCCGGUACUACAAUACUGCAAGAAUCUUCAGGAUUGAAGGAGGCAGUCAGUGUAGCUUGAAACCUUGUAACCUGACAGCGAAUGAUCGAAGAAGAAACUGAUCCCGAAUGUUAGCCAUAAAAAUUUGGUAUUUUCGAGCUUAUUUCAGAAAGAUGAGUGAAGUGAGAGCACACAAUGGCUUUCAAAAAUCCAUUUAGCCCCAACUCCUCCAUGGGGUUCGUGUUCAACACCGUCAUGAGCAGCAUCCCGCAAACGGAGUCGUACAAGUGGACUGUGCGCAAGGAAAAGCCCCAGAAGUAUGUCUCUAUGGUAGUUGUCGCCCAUGCAGAUUACAUGAAGGUGUACAAUGAUGAGAAGGGAAAGGUGUUUGAGUGUGUCGUCCAAGCUCCUGGGGGAUCUGACGCUUUCAGUUUGUUCCGUUUGACAAAUGAGGAUGAUGCCUUAGCCAAGUUUAUACUCCUACAUCAACACAUCCAGCCAUUUUUCAAUGGUCCGAUGGGACUCUACGAUGUGACUGUAUUACAGAAGCUAAGUGACAUCACCAGGAAAAUGGAAAACAUCUCACAUGCCCAUGCAGCUGUCCUGGCGGGUUUGAAUGAUGCUUUCAGGUGCCCAGAGGUAAUCAAACAUGUGAACAGUAAGAAUGGUCCCACAGGAAAGACACCUCUUCAUUCAGCCAUAGAGUGUAGGUCCAUGCAGGCGGUUAUGCAACUCAUCGAUUGCGGAGCUUCUCAAGAAAUGGUGGAUGACAACGGGGAUGGCAUCUUCCACUAUGCUGCAAGAUCUCCAGCCUUUGGCAGUCAGGUCAUGUCAGUAUUGUCCAAAGACAAAGAGCUGAUGGACCAAAUCAACAAGGCCGGUCAGUCUGCCCUCCUGAUAGCCUGUCAAGAGGGUAACUUUGAUACAGCUGUCAAGCUGGUUAGAUCAGGAGCCACGGUGGAUAUGAACGAUAACGUGGGAUACCCCAUCCACUACGCUCUCAAAAAGUGCAAUGUCAACGCUGCACUGAUUAUUCUUGAAAAACAUCGAAAUCAGGGUAGAGCCAAAUGCAUCAAACAUGGAGGUACCCCGCUCCACUGGGCCAAGAGCACAGAGUUCAUCAAGCUGGUUCUUGAACAGGAGUAUGACAUCGAUGCCAUCAGCAAGAGUGGUGAUACCGCCCUCAGCAUCAUGAUCCAGCGCAGUCGACCGCUCUGCGCCCUCACGCUGAUGACAGCGGGAGCAGACCCAAAUAUCUCUGAUAAGAACGGAAAUACCCCGCUUCACUAUGCAGUUAAGAUCAAAGAUUUACAGACAGUUCAUCUCCUCAUUGGCUUUGGGGCAGAGGUCAACAAACUUAACAAUAGAGGUGAAUCCCCUAGACAUCUAGCUGCUACUGACAUCCUCAACACUAUUGGAGGGAUGAUGGGAAUGAAUUCAGAGGUCAUUUAUGCUCUCCAUGCUGUAGGGGCAGAGCGUUGCCCCCCUGGGACCAAAGGAUGCCAGGGAGGAUGCAAGCAUGGGGGUCAGAACAAUGGUAUGGCCCCCAAGAUUGGCAUGGACCAGGUUGAUGCUGGAGCCCAAGUCUACAACAAAUACCUCACUCAGUGCAUCGCAGACAUGAGCAUCGCUGCCCGAACUGGCCGGCAAGGAAGAGACGAGACUGAUCUUGCCAUGGACACGACCGAUGGUGCCUCGGAUCCUUCUCAGCGACGGGCACAGGAUACUGUUCUUUGUCUUGAUGGUGGUGGUAUCAAAGGAUUGAUCUUGACUCAGAUGCUGGCUGCAAUAGAGAAGUCUUCAGGGAAGAAGAUUGUUGAGAUGUUUGACUGGAUCGUAGGGACCAGCACGGGAGGCAUCCUCGCUUUAGCCCUAUCACAAGGAUUCAGUGUAGAAGAAUGCAGGAAACUGUACAUGGCUCUCAAGGAUGAAGUCUUUACAGGAUCCAGACCCUACAACUCAGACAAGUUUGAGUCUUUCCUGCAGAGUACCUUUGGGCCGGAAACCACCAUGGAUCAACACACAUACCCUAGAAUUCUGGUGUCUGGGACGCUGGGAGACCGAAGUCCUCCAGCUCUCCAUCUAUUCCGUAACUAUGACGCCCCAGAGACAUCCUCAGCUUGGAUCGCAGCUAAUCAGGAACCAUUUCAACCCGUUCUAAAACCAUCAGAGCAACUGGUAUGGAAAGCUGCCCGUUCUAGCGGUGCUGCACCUACCUACUUCAGACCGAUGGGCCGAUUCCUGGACGGUGGUCUCAUUGCCAACAAUCCCUCUUUAGAUGCACUGACUGAGAUUCAGGAGUAUUACAUGUAUAAGAAAGCACAGGGUGAACCAGUGCGUAAGAUAGGUGCAGUGGUAUCCCUAGGUACUGGUCUGAUGCCCCUCAAGCCUAUAGCCCACGUUGAGAUCAUGAGGCCUAAUAGUGCUGUUGAUCUGCUCAGUGCUGCCAAGUCACUAGCAGGAGGUGCUAACUUGAUAGACAUCAUGGUAGAACAGGUUUCUGAAUCAAGAAUGCGUGCCGUUGACCGAGCGAGGGCAUGGUGUUACUCGAUUGGCACACCCUUUUUCCGGUUCAGCCCGCCACUGAGCCAAGAUAUCACAAUGGACGAGACAAGGGAUCAUGUACUCUUAAAGAUGCUCUUCGAUACGCAGUGUUACAUCCAAAAGAACAAGGAAAACAUACAACAAAUGACCGACUUGAUCAUUUCCUUGUAAUGCUUAGGAUACCAAAGAUUUCAGGACUGCUGAGCCAAGGUAGAUGUUGAAUCAAGCAAGGGCCCAGGCAUCUACUCUUGGAAGAUGAUUUGAUACACGGUUUUACAUUCUGAAGAAUGAGAAAAAAAAUGACUACUUUGAUCAACUCCUUACAGUACUGUGGAGUUCUGAACUUUCAUAACACAGUUCCAUGCGCCUUUGCUAAUCAGCCAUUUCCUAGCCUUAUCUUUGAGAGGAUAAAAGAUGGGCAAAGUGCAAUAUGUGAAGAUGGAAAUAUUUUUGCAAGGAGUUUGUUAGUUUUACAUAGCAAUUAAGAUGGUGAUGGGUAUCUGGAGGAUCAGUUUAGAAUAUCUGCUGAUAGAUGGGUGAUAAUGAGGAUGAUGGUUAUAGUCAUGGUGAUGAUAAUGGUGAUGAUGAUGAUGAUGAUAAUGAUAAUGGUGAUGAUUAUGAUGACGAUGAUAAUGGUGAUGGUGAUGAUGAUGAUAAUGGUGAUGGUGAUGAUGAGUAUGAUGACGAUGAUGAUGAUGAUGGUGAUAAUAUUGGCGACAAUGAUAAUGGCGAGUGAUGGUGAUGAUAAAAUAUGUAAAGAAUUUGGGAUUCCAGUAAGCCAAAAGUAAUUGUCUAUAUCAUGCAAUGACUUUAUAACGUGCCAUUGUUAAAUUUUUGUAUAUAUGCUCUAAUAGUGGCCUGCAUUUUAUGCUAUUCAUGUUGUGUGUUCUUUAAGAACAAAUAAUUUCUAUAUAUUAUGCUAGACUUACCAUCAAUUUUAAUAAUCUUUAGAAAAUUAAAAUUGAUUCAAUUUCUGAUAAUAUUUACAAUUUGCUUCCAUUUGUAGUUUAUUUUGUUCAAUUUUGUACUUAUUUAAUCUGGUAUUUAGAUGAAAAAUUGACACUGAAGGAAAAUAAGUGACUAUUUUACUAUAUGUGUAUGAAAAAAAAAUAAGAUGCCAUACUUGAAAUAAAGAGGAGUACUGUAUUGGAAGAGUAGGCAUUUUUUAAUCUUUUACUAAUGCUGGAGUAAAAAUAUAUGCAUAAACUGAAUUCUAUUUACCUGACAAAGUAUACAAAGUUUUAGCACUCUUACAUGUGUAGAGAAGUUGCUCGCUUCAUUUUAAUACCCUAUAGUGUUGCUUAGAAACUUUAUUGUUCGUGUGUGAAUCAAACAAAUUUGCAACGGAAAACAUGAGUGAAACAUGAAAUAUUUUCUGAUGGAAGUUAGAGAGUAUUUUAAUCAGUUUUAGGUUUAGAAAUUAUUUGAUUUGUUUUUGGCUUACACUUCUAAACCUCCUCUUUUCAGUCUCAGGAAAGUAAAGCAAAAGUUAACAUACACAAUGAUAAAAGGUCACAGUGAAAGCAUUCGCAUUGUAAAAAAGCAACGUAGUACAGUCACUUUUGUUAGAACUUAUAAUCAUAUGCUGCAUUUUAUGUUUUUGAUAACUUGAUGUUUACUCACAUUUGUGAGUGAGUAUAGCAUGUACAUCACAUUUUGAUGAAUUCUCUUCAGGGUACAUUUUUUUUGUAAUACAAGAAUAAUGUAUAUAAAAACAUAUAUAAAAUGUAUGAAAUAAUGAAUGACAAUCGUGUCUUUCAAUCUGAAAUAUUAAAUGUGUAUUUCACUGUGUUCUUUGUACAUCGAUUGCAAACUGUGAGAGCAAUCUCUUUUCAUCAUACAAAACUCUGUUACCAGUUGAGACAUUUCUUUGUUGUUAUUGUGAGCCCUAUCUCAGAAAUUUAUGUGGAGUAAUUUGAUAUUUGCUCAUGCAAACAUUUUUCCUGCCAUCAAAUCAGCAAAGGUAGCAGGUUAGGGGCGGCAGUAAUAAUAAUAAUAGCUAGAUUUAUAAAGUGCUGCUAUUAUUACCCCGGCUUCAGCUCGAGCUACCAUCACGGGCGCUCAGUGCAUGCAAGGAAUUAAUUCUGCUGGGUACCCAUUCACCUCACCUGGAUCUAGUGCAGAACAAUGUGGAUAAAUUUCUUGCUAACGCCAUGGCUAGGAUUCGAACCCACGACCCUCUGUUUGAAAGACAAGAGUCAGAACCACUAGAUCAUAACGUGCCCACAAUGAGGUCAAAGGUUGCGGUUCAAUGUACCGAUAAUGGUAGUGGUAGAUUUGGGUAUAACAUUUACCUUUUCAUGUGAUAUGUCUGAGGGUGUUUUUUAUUACUAUUGUUUGGCUGAAUUUUAGAUGUUCUACGGGAGAAUAUGUUGAUGUACCAAAUUUUCCUGGGUUCAUGUAGGAAUGGAUAUAUAUUUACUGGUUACAGCUCGAUGUUUGCAACAAUUAUGAAUGCCUUUUGACUUAAAUCUCAUAUACAUGUAAAAACAUGUAUGAGAAUCAAUUACAAAAAAAGAUUGGUGUUGCUAGAUGUAAAGAUCAGACAUGUAUUUUAUUGAAAUGAAUUGCAGCCUUUUCUUGAAGACAGUUAUUAGAACAACAAAAUUUCAUGCCAACAAAAUGGUAGUGGUGUUAUUUUAUAGUCUGUGAAUGUACAUGUACAGUGCGUCCCAAAAAAAACUAUACACUUUUGAAAUGGCUGCCAAAUAAAAAAUAUAUCACUUUUGGGGAAAAGACUUAUAGAUAUGGAAAGCCAAUAAAGUCAACUUUCAGAUGACACCAAAAAGUUGGAAAACUAUUCAUGCUUGAGCGAGCACUGCCCACUGAAACAAAGGGUAUGAAAAUUAGGGUGGGCCGGAAUUAGCCUUCCAGUUUCUUUCAGGUUUUUUGUUUGGUACAUGCAAAGUUGAGGGUUAUUUGGUGAAUUAAAGAUCAGUUGUGAUCAGUUUAUUGUUUGUGAAAAUUUAAUGCGUUAUUAAAUUGAAAUUUAAAGCAUGAGUGAUCAUGAAUUGCA